AAUGAGAAAUGCCCGGGCGAGGGUUCAGAAGUUCAUGGCUGCCCAACAAACUCCAUACUUUCUUUGAUCAAUCAAUCAAUCAGUUCAGAGAAAAUGUUUUCAGAGUCGGUAGAAGCAUUUGUGUGGAGAGAAAGCGAGAUUAGUGUGUGAAGAUGGGUGGUUUAUUGUCGUCAGCUAAAGAACCUCCACCGCCUAUGGUGUUGGUUCCGCCGCUCUUCGAUUUCCCGCCUCUUGCUGCUCGUACCAGGAUGUUGGAAUCAUCAUAUAAUUUGUUAUUCGGGAAGCUCGCCUUAAGAAGCCUUUUUGAAGAUUAUUUUGAUGCAGCAAAUCAUUUUAGUACAAUAUUUUUGUUGAAGCCAAUUGAUGAUCGUCAUGUAGAUCUAAUAGCAACUGUUUCAGGUCCUCUUGAUAACAAGCCUGAGGAGACAAUUGUUGGUAAUGCACUAUUUCGUUGGCAAAGUGAUGCUGAUGAUCCUCACACAUUCACAGAUCUUUAUGUAUCCAGUAUUGAUCCGAUUUUACUCAUGAGAGCAUGUGCAUACUACCCAAAAUAUGGUUUUGGAGCAUUUGGCAUUUUCCCGGUGCUUCAAAAGAAUAGAGUAUCUUCAGAAGACUAUGGUAUAAUGGGUUUGAGAUAUGGCUCAUCAAACUUGUCAUUUGGAGCCACACUUUUGCCAUAUUCAUUGGGAGAUGACUUCCCGAAAUCUGCGUGGCUGGUGAGCAAGAUACGAAGGUUAACUGCUGGGGUGCAAUAUGAUCCUCAAUUUGAAAAGAAGGACGGUGCAAAAUAUAAAAAUUUGAAGAAUUGGAAUUGUGCCAUAGGCUAUGGACUUGGAUCAGGCAGCCCAUUGAGUCCAUCAUUUAAUUUUGGUCUUGAAUUCAAGCAGAAAUCCCAGUUCAUAGCCUCUUUCUACCAGCAUGUGGUGGUCCAACGAAGGGUGAAGAAUCCAUUUGAAGAGAAUGAAGUAAUUGGCAUUACUAAUUACAUAGACUUCGGAUUCGAGUUGCUAACAAGAAUGGAUGAAGAAAAGGCAUCAAACAACAUCCAAGAUUCCACCUUUAAUGUUGCUGCAUCUUGGCAAGCAAAUAAAAAUGUCAUGCUGAAGGGAAAAUUGGGGCCCCUUAGUUCAUCGGUGUCUUUGGCUUUUAAGUCGUGGUGGAAACCUUCAUUCAGUUUCAGUGUUUCAGCUGUAAGAGACCGUUGCAUAGGAAAGACAUCCUUCGGGUUUGGUCUUCGUGUCGACAAUGUCAGAGAAGCAAGUUAUGAGAGGGCAGAUCCGAAUUUUGUGAUGCUGACACCGAACAAAGAACAUCUAGCGGAGGGAAUCCAUUGGAAAGUUGGCAAGAGGCCGAUGCUGCAAUCGGACGUAAACUCCGGCAACUUUGAUGGUGUCCCCAGGGAACUCAGACCCUUGGGUAGAAUCUUAUGAUCAUCUCUUCUCUUUAUUUUCUUCUGAAAAAACAAACUGUAAUGCAGUUGGGACUGUUAGCCUUCAUUUCUUUGUUUUCUUUUCCUUAUUGCCUAAAUAAAUUCAAAGGUUUAAACAACUAAUUUACCAUUGUGAUCUAUGUAUUUAACGUUAA